CGAAAUAUACCUAUUCUUAAUUAUUUGCAUUCUAUUUUAUCAACGUUUGUGAUGUUUUUGUUUGUUAUUUUUUUAGGGUGCAGUAUGCUUGCCAAACAUGUUUGGCGGUGACUUCGGAGAUCAAAUUGGGCGCUAUGCAAUAUUGAUUGAUAGGUUUCACAAGAGUAUCCCCUACCCGGUUUUUGAUCCCCCCCUAUGCAUUUCCUUCUUGACAAGAUGAAUUUGCAAGCAACUUUCGAUGACUAUCUCCCCCAAAUAACAUCUCUUCUCGCUUAUCGUCACAAUAUCACUGACAUGGUUCUUGAUUUCGAAAAAAAAUUAACCGAGUAUGAUGUUACUAAAGGUUGCAUGAUUCUACUUUACACCGGCAAUGUUCCGCAGAUGCUUGAUACACUCUUAACAACUGUGAAUAUUAUCGAUGAUUGCGGUAACAGAUGGGUUUGUGAGCUAACUUUUGCAACUUUUCCUUAUGAACACUUCAAGAUAGGACGGCGUUGGAAUAGGUUUGUGGAAGCUCGCAGGCUCCGUGAAGGUGUGAAGAUCAGAGGGGGUGCUCCGAUGGUUGGGUCACAUGAUACCAUCUACCUUGAUGUUAUUUACAAUUAGUCCAUGUUUAGAUAAA